CCUUACAGCGCUGUGUCUGAAGAAGUUUCAACCCACGGUUUGAAUCCACCCUGGAAGACCAUGCUGUCCCUCCUGCUUCCUGUGAUGCUCGCCGUCCAAGCUAUGGCUGUGAUGGAAGUUGAAGUCCCAGAGCAGCCAGUGGUGGUGCUGCAUGGCAGGGAAGCCAUACUCAACUGCUCCUUCAGCCACGCUGGCCCCUUCAACCUCUCAGAUUUGAGCGUCUUCUGGCAGCUGACCGACACCAAACGCAACGUGCACGCAUACUGGGAAGGGCAUGACCAGCUGGCCGACCAGGCCGAGAGAUUCGCCAACCGUACCAGCCUGUUUCCUGGCCAGCUGGGCCUGGGCAAUGCUUCGCUCCUGCUGAAGAGGGUGGUGGUGGCAGAUGAAGCCAGCUACACCUGCUUCGUCAGGGUGCAAGACUAUGGCAGUGCUGCUCUGACACUGCAGGUGGCCGCCCCCUACUCCAAACCUGUGGUGACUUUGCAGUCUGAAUCCGAUUUGCGGCCAGGUGAUGAAGUGGCCCUGACUUGCACAGCCUAUGGUGGUUUUCCUGAGGCUGGUGUGAUAUGGCAGGAUGGGGGCGGGCACAACCUCACAGAAAAUAUCACUACUUCAGUGGUCGCCAAUGAGGAGGGGCUGUUCACCAUGACCAGUGUGCUGACAGUCAUUUUGGAGCCCAAUAGCACCUACAGCUGCCGACUGAUCAACCCUCUUCUGGGGGAGGAAGGCUACGCUUUUGUCACAAUCACAGGUCAGAACAUCGCAUUCCCUCCGGUGGCUCUGUGGGUUACUGUUGGCCUGGCUGUGUGUCUGCUGGUGCUGCUCAUUGCCCUGGCUGCUGUCUGUCGCAGGAAGAUCAAGGAGAGCUGUGAGGAGGCCAGGAGAGAAGCUGAAGAGGCCAAGGAGCUGGAAGAAGAGGAGUCAAAGACAGCAAUGACGCCACUGAAAAGUUAAAGCCAAGAGAAUGAAGGAGUCAGGGCCAGACUGCGAGUCAGAGAUGAGCCUGGCGGGUGUAAUCCCAGUCCACCUAUCCAUCAACCUGGAGACUAUUUCCAGCGUCCCCUACAGAAUGUCAAAGUCUCGCUGAGCGGAAGAUGAGUCCAUCAUCUUCUUCUAAGACUUUCCCUCGAGUUUCCAUCAAAACACAUAAACACAUCAUGUGCCAUCAUUUUUUUUUAUUGCCCUCCCUUUCUUGUCGACGGAGAGCCGAGUGAACGCAGCUGACAAAGGUUGUGCUCCGUUGUCAUGUGCAAAAGAAGGAAAGCCAUACAGGGGUGGGACAGGAUCCUGUCUCUGUCGCCGACAUCAGUGUGCACGGGGCUAUCACGAGGCGUGUGCCGCAUGCUCCCCUGUCUAAUACGAGCUGAGACACUUAAGGAAAUGGCCGUGCUUCAGUCGCCGUCACCGACUCCCUGCCAGCGAGAGAGCUCGGCUCUCCCUUCUACUCCACUUGCACUCGCUAAUUAGCGUCUGCCAUUGGAGUAGCUCGUACCCGUCGCUGCUCUCUUAUUCUCUUAUUCAGUCACUUGAAGGAAUUGGAAUUGAACGCCAGCUAAGCUCCAACAAACCGCAAACGGUGAAUGGGAUUCACCCGGAUUUUCUCGCUGACCUGACAACCUUAUAUGUAAGAAAUUGUUUUUAAUGCACGCUGACUAUCUCAGUUAGUUGCUCACACCUGCUGGUGUGGGAUGUUUUAUCUCCUCCGGACACAGGACUGGACAGACUGUUUUAUAGCUUCUUCUUUUUUCUUUUUUUUUUGGUACUUUAGCAAGUCCCCACGCCAUAUGUCCGUGUUUGAAUGCCAAAGCCAUUUGUGCCUAUUCACAUUAAAGAGACAUGUUUGAA